GUCAUCCUCUCACGACCCCCAGGACCCCACUCCGCGCACGCGCACACGCUUUCAUCAGCUGAUCCGACCAACUAACCGAAAAACGGCUGCGACCAUAAUAGGACAAGAGGCCGCGGUGAUGAUGAUGACGAUGAUGAAGAAAAAGACGAAGUCACGGAUUUCUGCACGCACACACUGCGGGGCGGGGCCACGUCACGGGCACCGCAGCAUCCCCGCGUCCCAUUGGUUGAUGGAGGAGGGAAAUAAAUAAUAAAAACAACUGCGUGUGGUUACGUGCGCGUCUGCUCGUAGCACCAGAGGAGGGAGGAACCGCCGCAGCUCUCAGGCCUUUGUCCGCUGGUCACGACCGGUACGUGUGUCUGUGCUGAUCCGGGUUGUGCGGCACGGAUCCGGGGUGUAGCCUGUGAGACGCACCGGGGCUGGAGGAACCGUCACGAGGCUGCAGACUUCUCAUCUCCCUCUGCCUCGUUUCAACGUGCACUGUCACAUGCAUGAUCCUGAAUACCGCUCUCAGCGCCGGCGGGCGGAUCCUCUCAGUGUUUUGACCUCCACCUGAAGACUCCAGCUCCAGUUUGCUCCUCUUCUUCACCUGGUGAUCGUCCAGCUUGGCUUCAGAAGAUGGCGGGACAGGAAAAGCAGGUCACAGGUUAUCUCCUGUUCUCCCUGACCACCGCUGUCAUCGGCUCUCUGCAGUUCGGUUACAACACGGGAGUCAUCAAUGCUCCCGAGCAGAAACUGCGAUCUUUCUUCAACAACACCUGGGUGGAGCGCUAUGGCGAGCCCAUCUCCCCGGGCGUCUGCACCAUCGUGUGGAGCGUCUCCGUCGCCAUCUUUAGCGUGGGCGGUAUGGUGGGCUCCUUCAGCGUGGGCGUCAUGGCGAAUCGGUUUGGCAGGCGUCGCUCCAUGUUCCUGGUGAACUCUCUGGCCGUGAUCGGCGGCCUCCUCAUGGGCUUCUCCACCAUCUGCUCCUCCUACGAGAUGGUGAUCGCCGGCCGUUUGGUCAUCGGCCUGUUCUGCGGCCUCUUCACCGGCCUGACGCCCAUGUACGUGGGCGAGGUGUCGCCCACUCCCCUCAGAGGAGCGUUCGGGACCCUGCACCAGCUCGGGGUGGUGGUGGGCAUCCUGAUCGCUCAGAUCUUCGGUUUAGAGGCGCUGCUGGGCUCCGACAAGCUGUGGCCCCUGCUGCUGGCCCUCACCGUGGUCCCUGCGGUGGUGCAGUGCAUCCUGCUGCCCUUCUGUCCCGAGAGCCCCCGCUUCCUGCUCAUCAACCUCAAUAAGGAGGAGGAGGCACGAAAAGCGCUGGUGCGUCUGCGCGGCAGCGAGGACGUGAGUAAAGACCUGCAGGAGAUGAAGGAGGAGAGCGCUAAGAUGGCCAUGGAGAAGAAGGUCACCAUCCUCGAGCUCUUCCGCUCGCCGGCGUAUCGACAGCCGCUCCUGGUCGCCGUCAUGCUGCAGCUCUCCCAGCAGCUGUCGGGAAUCAACGCGGUGUUCUACUACUCCACGGGGAUCUUCAGCUCGGCCGGUGUGAAGCAGCCCAUCUACGCCACCAUCGGCGCCGGCAUCGUCAACACCAUCUUUACCAUCGUUUCCCUCUUCCUGGUGGAGAAGGCCGGACGACGGACGCUGCACCUCCUGGGGUUGGGGGGGAUGGCGGUGGCCGCGGUGCUCAUGACCAUCUCGCUGCUGUUGAAGGACAUUCCUGCCAUGAGCUACAUGGCCAUCGUGGCCGUCAUGAUGUUCGUGGCCAUGUUUGAAAUGGGCCCCGGUCCGAUUCCCUGGUUCAUCGUGGCCGAGCUGUUCUCCCAGGGGCCCCGCCCGGCGGCCAUGGCGGUGGCCGGCUGCUGCAACUGGACGGCCAACUUCCUGGUUGGAAUGAGCUUCCCCAAGCUAGUGGAGUUGUGCGGGCCGUGGGUCUUCCUCAUCUUCGCCACCUUCCUCAUCCUCUUCUUCAUCUUCACCUACAUCAAAGUCCCGGAGACGAAGGGCAAGACCUUUGAUGAGAUCGCCCAAAGCUUCGGCAGCCCCCCUCCCAACUCCUCGUCUGUUGAGGAGCCUCCUGCGGGCGCCAGCGCAGCCGUGACGCUUCCCGCCUCGCCGCUGAAGGAGAAGGUGCCUCUGGUUGCGGCGGUGGCGGCUCCGGCUCCGGCUCCGGCAGCUGAGACCACUCCUCUGGAGGAUAAAUCCAAGUCGACCGUGCAGGAGAGCGUGUAGAGCGGCGGCAGACUCACUGCUCACGGGUGAAGGAGGUUUUAAAUGAAGGAAGCUUCAGAGAUUUUAAAAAAAAUGCUGUAAAUUGAAUUAACUAUUGGAAAAAAGAAAGAGAAGUUUUAUAUUAGACCUGCUGUUGUGGGCUUUGAUUCUUCAAAGUCCUGCUUCUGCUUUCACAAGUUCACGAUUUCCUUCUUUAACGUCCUCCCUCCCGUCACUGUGAGAGAGAGGCAGUCCGAUUCAAGCUACUGUACAUUCCUACACUGCAGCUCCACUCAUUAACCAGACCAGGCUUUCUCAGCUGUGUCCAGGCAGAACGACCCACUUUCCCAACGCGCCGGCACCGGCUGUCUGUGCCUGCUCCUCGGGAGUUCAAUUCCCCAGAGUAACGAAGUCGAUGUUCUGACUUCAGUGUGUUCGGAAUGUGGGAAAAAAAGUAAACAAUAGUGUUGAGAGCGUUUAACAGCACAUUAACGCCGACUUGCAUAACAACAAAGAGCUGAGCAAAAGAAAUUAGCUUUGACAGGCAGAUAAAUCUAUUAAAACGUUAAUCACGUCUCUAUUGGAUCAAAAGAGACGAACAUGAAGUUUGCAAGCGACAAAAGUAACAUUUGACAUAAGAAGCUUCUAUUUAGAGCAAAUUUUAAAAUGAUAUUAGUCACGUGGAUUCCCGGUGAAUCAUUACAGAAUCAUUAACGUAAACUUUGUGUGAUCACGUGUCUCCACUGACGUCCGAGUUCACGUCCGGGAUGAGUGAGCGAGGAGAUCGUGCACAUUUUUAUUUUUAAUUAUUCCUCCUGUGGAUACUUUAGUGCAAUAUAACUAGCUGUUAUUUAAUUCUAUAACAUUUAAUGAUCUUUUAUCUGUGUCAUGUUUUCGGACGUGUUCUCAAAUCUCAAUCCAUGCUCCGCCUUCAGCUGACUCACAAUCAGCUGACUAACCUUUAAAUGGCAAAGCACUAAACUUUAGACACAUACAGGACAGAUGUGAUCCUGACGUUUAUUAAAUCUGGAUCCAGAAGGUUUUUGAUUUGAUAAUCCUGGAUUUGGCAUCAGUCUGUGUUGUGGUGUCGGUUGACACUGGUGCUGAGUUCUGUCAUUUAUCUAAAAAACAAAACUGAAUCUGCCUCGUGGCUAAAAUGAAUUUGAGGAUUUACUAGAACUCGCCGGUUGAAUAGUCUUAGCUUCAGUAGAUAACUGUAGGGUGACGUGCAAGGUUUCUGUUACAGAGAAAAUUAUGACUAUUUAUUACCUAAGAACUUGAUUUUUGUAUGAAAUAUAUAUAUGACAAAGUCAAUUUAGAAUCAUGAUGCUUUCCAGAUUAACACAACAGGCGAUGGAAUCGAACCUGCGUCGCUCGAACUGCGGCUCAGAGAUUUAGAUGAAGCGACACUGUACAUUUUAUUUGUUUCUCUCUGUUUAGAUGCAGCGUUAGAGCCACGAUCACUAACACAACGUAGCACUACAGCGCUGUAUGUCUAAUAAAUAGUUCAAAGUACUUAUUCAAGACAACAUUUACCCGAGCGCGUACGUGGCCGAGCUGAUUUUAGAAUAAGUAGGAGUCAAUAAAUAAAAUGUGCAAUCAAUGUAGAAUCUGCUGCCUCAACAAUGUAGAUUAGUUAAUGCUGAGUCACCAACACGUAGAGGAGGAGCACACGUCUUAAAUGCUUCCUGACGUUAGCUUUAAAUUAUUAUGAUUAAAUAAUAACGGCUUCCAAUACUCAAUCGUGUUUGUAAAACCUUAGGAACUAAUUUGGUGACUGUGAAAUCAAAGUGAGACGAGAUAUAAAACUUUGUUUUCAAGGUAAAUUACUGAAGGUUAACGUUGUUUCUUUGGAUGAAAACAAUUUGAGCAGAACUCUGGAGUUAAUUCUAGUUCUGCGAACAAAAUGUGGACGAAGCUGCAGAACGUUUUUAUGUCCUUGUGUCUUUUGGGGCUGAAUCCCAACGAAAGAGACAAAACCUAAAAGAAGAAGGAGCUGAUUUAACGAAGAUAUUCUCUCUGUUACCUGAAUGCUACGUUAUGUAGCCAGUUAGCCGAGCUAUGGAUUAGCUUCAUGUCAUCAGGGCUGAUACAUCGUGAAUAAGAAAGUCUUUAAUUGUGUUAUUUGUUGUUGUAAUUUGACAAAUUAUUUAUUUCUUAACAUUGACCCAAAGCCAAGUUAGUCGUUUAGAACGGUAGUUCUUCGAUUGUCCACUAGGGGAGCACUCAGAGAACUGAGGUUACACAAUAAGUGUAGUUCCAGUGAAUUAAAGAACGUGGGUUCAUUAUGUUUAUGUAACUCAAACUGAUCAUAGCGCCACCUGCUGUUCAGAGAAACAGUUGACAGUCUGACUCUUAAUGUCUUUGACACGUCAUUAUUAGUGAUUAUCGAUUGUUGCCGAGCCUCUUGAUUGGUCGGCUGCCUCUGAUCCGAAAGAAAGAAAUCUAAAAUGGCGCUGUAAUAUUUGUAAACUCCAUAUUCCAACAUGGAAACACACAAAAUGUUUCCUUCAUUCACCAUAAAAAAACGUCCCUGUUUCGUUUGUCGGGUCCCGACGCUGUGGACGCUGUGUCUUCGUCUGAAGAGUGUGUCGUGCGUGUGGCGUUGUGUCUUCUACAGACGUACGAAUAACUAACAGUGUACAGUGUGUGUGUGUAACGUGUGUAUAUGUGUGACGCAAAGUAUAUUUUCUAUAUCCCGUCGUGAGUAAUUGUAGUUGAAGAAGCUAUUUCCACCCCUGCUGCACUUUAAGAGCAUAUUUAUUUAUUUACACUACGUAGUAUUUUAUUUUUUCGGCAAACACUGGAAAAAUAUUUAUCUUGACAAGAAAGUGAUUUGUACUGAAGUGUAAAAAGUUGUUUGGAGAGAUUCCAACUGAAAACGUGAAAAUGUGUCACUUUGCGUCUGACAGAGAUAAAAGUUGAAACGUGAAACUUGUUAAGAUGAAUAUUUACUUGAUGGUGGACGGAGUCACGGUGUCGCUGUGUGUUGCUGUGUUUGAUGACAGUGUUGUGCUGUGUUUGCACUGGACGGAGACGUGUGGUGUUGUUGUGUUGUGUCCCAGCUUCUGUCCCGCACUGCUCCUGCAACACGCCACUCACCCUGAGCGCCACUCACCCUGAGCGCCACUCACCCUGAGCGCUCCUGUUCCUGAUGUCACGGAUCGAACCCCUCACUGGUUUGUGCUGUUUCCUGGGAAAAGAUGACAAAAUGAAUUCAGAACUGGGAUUUUAAAGUGUUUAAAGUGUUUGAAACAAUUUAAAUUUGUCUUUGUGUUUCACUGAAGUUCAGACAUCUGUCCGACUGCAGUGAAACACAAACCCACGUGCCCGGAUUUGAAUCCAACACGUGGCCCCGGGUGCACACGCCUCUUGACCACAUGACCGCCUGCUUCAUGCACACGUACGAACUCAACACCUUCAUCCAGCCAAGAGGAGAGAAUAAGUAUUCAUUUGUAAAAUAUGUAUAUUUAAAAAAAUAUUAUUCUAUUUAUAUGUUGACCUGCACGCUCACAUGUUUGUGUGUUUGUGUGUCUGGGGUGAACGUGAUCGUUGUGUAGAAGAGACACAUUGAAAUUGUGUGUUUGUUCUUGUCCCUCAUCUGUUUGUCAUCACAGCCGUGCUCUUUAUUCGUGCCUCAUUCACACUCACACUCCUCAGGUUAUUUGCGGCCAUAUUGUGUUUCUUCUUCUUUGUUUUUUAAAUUAAAUUUUCACUCAUCCUCCAUCUUUUCAUCUUCACUCCAUCUUUAUUAAUUUCUCAUCAGAGUGAGCCCUCCCGUUCACGCUCAGAGCCGUUGGUUGAUAUCCGGCAGCGUUUUGGCAGCCAUGUUGUUUUUUGUUUCGUUUUUUUUGCCUUUGAAGUGUUUAAAAAGUCUUUGCCCUUGAUGACGUUGCUACGGCAACUGCUGCCAACAUUACAAAAGUUGGUUCACGUUGCCUAGCAACAGCCGGGGAGUCAAUUCCAAACUGUUACUCACACAAAGUCAUUUUUUACCCAACAAAAGGCGACGUUUUCAGCUUUAAAUCAGAUAAAACUUUACCAGAAACUAGAAAUGAGACUUAAACUGAAUCACGUGACUUCACAGACUGGAGCGUGUCCGAACGCUUCGGCCGCCGUGUCCCUCGCUCUGCUUCGUUAGCGCCUGACCCGUGUGUGUCGUGUAGUUUAACGUCUGAGUAUCACGUACUGUAACGCUGCUCGUGCCUCAGCACCGCACACGCUCACGUCCUAUCAACAUGUGUGUUUGUGUUUUGCUUCCUGGUUCAUUCACCCACUCACACACUUUGACAGCACUGCAUUGUGGGAAGUUUCCAGUAGUUUCCAGUAGUGUGUAAAUGUUACAUCUAGAGUUCGAUGGUGGACGUAGUGAAGUGACGAGUUGUUGACAGUGUUUCGUUUCUCUUGACCACACGACUGAUGCAUUGUGGGUGAUCGACCUUCAGUUUCUGUACCGUGAUGAAAAGAUGGAACGACAGGUGUGAAUAUUCAGGAUCUUUGAUUUGACUUGUGCCCCGACACGUUUAUGUUUGUAUUGUAAAUAUAUGAUGUUGUUAAAUAAAAUAUUCAUCCUGUAACGAGA